AUGUGCAGAGAUAUAAGGUUUUCAAAUGAAACAACUGAAAAUAAUUAUGUCGAUUUAACCCCAAUUCAAAUCAAUGGCAAUGAUAUUGCAACUGAAACUUCGGGUAAUACUGAAGAAUCCUUGACAAAUAUCAUUACUCAUGAGGAAAGCGUAGGAAAUGUUGUUGACGAAGGGCUAGAUCUUGAAAUCAUUGUACAACGAGAAGAGGAAUAUUAUUGUAAUUUUGAGAGUAGGUUCCUUAAACUUUACAUAAAGUUUUUUUUAAAACUCAUUGCAAUACAUACGAACAUGUCAGAUUUAUUUAUUGCAAGAUCUUACAAAGAUAUUGAUAUAAUCUUAAAUGAAAAUACUGUUGAGGACAUUUGGGACCCUGAUACUGAAGGAAACCCAAGUUUCAUUCCAGAGAAUGUUUAUGACAAAGAUCCAACUUUUACUCCUGAGGAUGAUGACGAAGAUAGCUCAAAGGCUAAUAUUAAUCUUGAAAAAGAAAAGUUGGAAGGUAUCUAUAACUUUUCAGUUAUUAAUGACAUGGAAAUAGUCGCUCAAGAAAACAAGGAAGUUCCUGAGAAAGGAACCUUGGGAAAUGAUAUUAUUACUGUUUCUUCACGCAAAAGAAGAAGGUUUGCUGAACCCAAAAAUUGGAAAAGCAACAUAAUAAAACAAAAAAGAUUAGCGCUGGGGAGGCAUAUAUUAACAGAAACAAUGAAGAGGUUCAUGCCAAGCAAGAAACGAAACAGAAAAGUUGACCCUAAUUUUAACAAAGAAGUCAGCAGAGCUUACACCCUUCCCAACAGUGAAAAUGAAAAUGUACGAGUCUGCCUUAAGUUCUUCUGUAAUACUUUUUCAAUAUCAAAAAGAAUUUCAAAUGAUGCUUUAAAAUUUAAAAGCCCGAAUGGCAACUAUCAUGGUUGUGCUAAGAGAAAAGGAAGACAAGCAAGUAACGCUACUCCACAAGCUCGUAUUCGAGAAGUAUUGUCAUUUCUUUUGAAGUUUCCAAAGGUUCCAUCACACUACUGCCGCCAACGCAGUUCCCGAUUAUACCUUGCUCCUGAUCUUACCAUUGAGAAAAUGUAUGACCUGUAUAAAGAAGAUGCUGGAGAACAAGCAGUGAAAAACAACAUUUUCCAAAAGAUAUUCAGGGAACAUGAACCUCCUUUAGUAAUUUACAGACCAAAAAAGGAUCAAUGUUCCCUGUGCAAUGAGGCACAGAAAACCAAAGAAAUGAACACGAAAAAAGAUGAGGAUAAAAAAGCUGCACUGGACAAUAAAGACUAUUUACAGUAG